CCUGUGCUCGGUGUCCCGUGGUGCCCCGUGGCGGCAGGCGGCAGGCGGCGGGCGAGAUGCGGUUGUCGGUGGCGGCCGCUAUCUCGCACGGGCGGGUGUUCCGGCGGCUUGGACUUGGCCCGCGCUCUCGCCUCGACCUGCUGCGCAACCUGGUGACGGCGCUGGUGCGGCACGAGCGCAUCGAGGCGCCCUGGGCCCGCGCCGACGAGAUGCGGGGCUACGCCGAGCGGCUCAUCGAUUACGCCAAGCUGGGUGACACCAACGAGCGUGCUAUGCGGAUGGCGGAUUUCUGGCUGACUGAGAAGGAUCUCAUCCACAAGCUAUUCAAGGUGCUGGCACCUCGGUUCCAGCCCCACCCUGGCAGCUACACCCGCCUGCUGCAGAUCCCCAACCGGGAUGGCCUUGACCGGGCCAAGAUGGCCGUCAUCGAGCUCAAGGGGAACCCCUUACCACCGCUCAUCCGCCCACGCCGUGACACCGAGAAGACACUGCUGAACCAGCUCCUGAAGGGCUACCGGGAGGAUGUGCAGCGGGUGGCAGCCACACAUGGCCCAGAGGGUACCCCUUUGUAGGCAUCCCCCCUGCCCUGCACAGGAUGGGGUGAGGUGGGAGAUGCCUGUGCACCAGCCAGCUCAUUGCUGUCUAGGGGCACAGGAGUAGAUGUCCCUGGAGGUCUGAAGGCUAAUUACAAGCCUUGACUUGCCACGAUGAGGGUGCAAGCUCAAGGUUUACUUGCUUCUUCCUGUGGUUUGAAUAGAGGCUCAGCAAAAGGAGGAAAUCAAGCAGGGAGCCGUAAUGGUUGAUACUGUGUAAAUAAACUCUGUUCAGAAAGUGA